ACGUGAGCCGAGCCCGAUGGAGCUGUUUGUGGAGACGCACGUGCGGAGUCAAGACCGCCAGAAGGGGGCGCAACAGUUCGUUGAUAACCGUGCUCAGCAUUUCGUGGAGACCUAUAAUAAUCGGUUGAGGGAGAGAUACGGGGACGAUACUUUGACCCAUCCGGAAUUCGAUCCGGAUUUGUGGAUGGAGGUUGGCUCGUCAGGUGGACCAGAUAAAAAUCGGGUUUACGGGCUCUCCAACACUACGGCCGACAACUUGCGGUCGACCCGUAGUGUUUCAACCGUUGGGAGCUCCCAAUCAAUAGCGAGCUCCCAAUCUAAGGAGUUCGUGGCUUUGCAGCAACUCAACGAGAAAUACGACAACCUACAAGCGGAGUACGCACAACUCAAACCUCAGGUUAAAUCCACCUGCAUGUUUUUUAUCGGCCGGAGAUACCAGGCGUUAGGUCUUUGCUAG